ACCAGUGCGCGACAACAUUGUCUGUGGGUAAGGAAAGUACAGCGUCUGUUGUCGCCGCUGAUAUUCGCGUUUCGUUAAUACACGUCGAGGUAAUUUGAAUAACAGUUUUGCACUUCCCACGUUGCUACAGAAGUGUGAGUGUUUUUAUUAAUCACUUCAGCGUCCGGUCGCUUAGUUUUUGUACUGGUUCCCAUAGCGACGAUGGCGGGAAAGAAAUCGGGCAAAGAGAAGAAGAGGAGACACUCCCGUGCAGAUGCCGGGCGAGGAGGAGCGGAAGGGGAGAGGAAGAGGAGGAACACCGAGUCGAGCCUGGAGCCGGACUCCAAGGAGGACGGUGAAAAUCGGGCGGUAGAUGAACCAAGCGACAUCGAAGAGGGCGGCCUGGACCUGAAUGUGCCUUUCAAGCCCAUCAGCGCCUACAUGUCAGACAGGCAGGAGAUGCUGGAGCAGUGCUUUCGUGUUCUCGGCGAGAACAAGCUGAGGAAAAUGCUGCCGGACGAGCUGAAGGACUGCACUUUCACUGAGAUCAAGAAACUGUGCUGGGAACAACUGGAGCAGCUUGCGCAAAGUCAGCUCCUUCAGAUCCUGGAAGGGGAAGAAGUAAAUGUUUUUUCAGAUGCUGAAGAGGAGGGACACAAAAGGAGAACAGAGACUGACAGCCAUGUGUGUGUGUGUGUGUGCUGUAGGCAGGACAACAAUGUGGAUUCCACGUCAUCGCUCAAAGAGAAUAUGGAAAUGGAGGAUCUCAAACAAGUCGGUGGCGGGUCUGGGGAGGAGAGCGAUGUUCUCAGCAUCAAUGCCGACACUUACGAUAGUGACAUCGAGGGGCCCAAGGAAGAGCCCGUCCACAGGAGUGUCCCGGCAGCUCCAGAGCCUGACGCCCCCAAGCCCCUCGACCCCAAGAAGGAGCUGCAGAAGGACAUUGAGAAGAGCGUGAGCGAGAUCCUGGCCCUGGGAGCCUCGCCCAACCAAGAACAAACGGAUGUCCUGGUUCCACCCCUCAGCCUGGCCGCUGUCAGUCCAUCUGCCCCCCUGAGUGGUCCUCCCCCUACUUCUGCCCUACCCUCAGCCCAGCAGCUGGAACUCCUAGAGCUGGAGAUGAGAGCUCGUGCUAUCAAAGCCCUGAUGAAGGCCAACGAAGUGAAGAAGCAGGUCUGUAACUGACACCCUCCUCAGGAUAGGUGCCACCCAGUGGGACUCUUAAGUUACUCUCAAAAGCAAUGAAUGAAUACAAAAAUGUGGGUUGACAGCCUACGUCUUAUUUUUUAAUUUUGUUUAAUAUCGAAGUUUAACAGUUUGUUUAAUAUAUUCUUCAUAAUUUGCUGACUUGUUCAUAUGCUUUUUAGUUUUGUGGGUUUAUAGACUUUCUACAGGACCACCUAUUUUUUUUUGUUUUUUUUUUUUUUGGGAGGUUUAGAAUUUUACUGUAAAUGGACUGCUCGUACAUUGUUGAAGCUAUGUUUUUGUGGAAGAUGUUUAUAGUUGUGUUUCGGUGUUCUUUCUUGGACAAGGAAAUGAAACAAACCUUAAUAAUGGCUGU